AGCGAGCGCCAGCCACGCCCCCUCCUUCACCCUCCCUCGUUCCCCUUUCCCUCGGGGGCCGCACUUGGACUAGGCCUCGCAGCCUCGGCCUGGCGUAGCGGGUCGAGCCGGGCGAUGACUACGAGGCCGGCGACGUUGCUGUUGGUGAGGCGGAACCCUCGCUAGGCGAGAGGAAGGAGAGGCAGCCGCUGUCCCUGCUGCCGCCAUGCCGGCCAAAAGGAAACUGGUACCGCCGGCCCUCAACAUCACCCCUACCAUCGCUGAAGGACCCAGCCCCACUGGUGGGGAGGGCGACGGCUCUGAAGCGCAUCUCGUUGACCUCCAAAAGAAACUGGAAGAGCUGGAGCUGGAUGAGCAACAGAAGAAACGGCUGGAAGCUUUUCUCACUCAGAAAGCCAAAGUUGGAGAGCUUAAAGAUGAUGACUUUGAGAGGAUUUCGGAGCUGGGUGCUGGCAAUGGCGGGGUGGUCACCAAAGUACAGCACAAACCCUCAGGACUAAUCAUGGCACGGAAGCUGAUUCACUUGGAGAUCAAACCGGCCAUUCGAAACCAGAUUAUCCGUGAGCUCCAGGUGCUUCAUGAGUGCAACUCCCCCUACAUUGUUGGCUUCUAUGGUGCAUUCUACAGCGAUGGGGAGAUCAGCAUCUGCAUGGAGCACAUGGAUGGAGGCUCCCUAGAUCAGGUUUUGAAAGAAGCCAAAAGAAUUCCAGAGGAAAUCCUGGGGAAAGUCAGCAUAGCGGUUCUACGUGGAUUGGCUUACUUGCGAGAGAAGCACCAAAUCAUGCAUAGAGAUGUAAAACCAUCUAACAUCUUGGUGAAUUCCCGGGGAGAAAUUAAACUCUGUGAUUUUGGAGUCAGCGGUCAGCUCAUCGACUCUAUGGCAAAUUCCUUUGUGGGCACUCGAUCCUAUAUGUCCCCUGAGCGCUUACAAGGCACUCACUAUUCGGUCCAGUCUGACAUAUGGAGCAUGGGGCUCUCCCUGGUGGAGCUGUCGAUUGGACGCUAUCCCAUCCCCCCACCCGACGCCAAGGAACUGGAAGCGAUCUUCGGCCGGCCUGUGAUUGAUGGGGCAGAGGGCGAAACCCACAGCAUCUCCCCACGGCCCAGGCCGCCAGGACGACCUAUUAGUGCUCAUGGGAUGGACAGCCGUCCUGCAAUGGCUAUCUUUGAACUGCUGGACUACAUAGUUAAUGAGCCGCCUCCUAAGCUGCCGAAUGGGGUUUUCACUCAAGACUUUCAAGAGUUUGUAAAUAAAUGCUUAAUUAAAAACCCUGCUGAACGGGCAGAUCUGAAGAUGCUGAUGAAUCACACCUUCAUCAAGCGCUCCGAGGUGGAAGAGGUAGAUUUUGCUGGUUGGCUUUGUAAGACGCUGCGACUGAACCAGCCCAGCACCCCCACCCGCACUGCCAUGUGACCGCCAAGCAAACGGCCUUGUUCUUCUUCUUCUCCUGCCCUCCCUUGUGCACCUGCUUCUCUGCCGUCGUUCACUGCCCUUCAGCAGGAGAAAGAACCGCCCUUCUUUGCCUGCCUUCUCUCCUCUGUGCUCCGGAACGGCAAAGCACCCGUCAUUUUGGAAAACCGCCCAGUGCUCUGACCGCAAAAGUGGAGACCGGCUUACUCCGUUUCGUCCCCGUUCUGUCGCUCAUUUUCUUUUCUCCAGGCUAAACGCUGCUCAGAGCCUUCUGACUUGGGGGGAGGGUGCUCUAAAAGUGCUUCUGCUCCUUGUUAGGUUGUGUCACCAGGUAUGGGGAGGGGGAGUUGUCAGGGCAAGCCGAUUGCCUUGUUUGUGCACCUGUUCCCUUUUUGGAGGGGUGGGGGGAGUGGGCCCUCGGCAGGUUGGAAGCUCUCUGAUGGGUGGAAACCUUCACAUAAGGAGCAGCUGGGGCAAAGGUAGGCAGAUUACCCAACGGUGUGGCUGUUUGAUCUGCGUUGGCAGAGGAAAGGAAGGCUCGAGCCGGUUGCUUCCUGGAGCCUGCCCAGGGAAAGGGGCGGGAGAGAGAUAGCAGGAGUUCCGUGAGAUUAAGGAAGUUUGUGAGCAAUGUAGCUCUGCUUGAUGGGCGAUAGGCCAGCUGGGAGCUGCUUCUCAUCCUCUCCUCUUCUUUCCCUUCCUUUUUUUUAAACACUCGGUUUCUUACACGGAAGUGGGACUUCAAUUUCGCUUGUCAUGGGGGGGGGGACUUUGCUUGAGGGCAAAGGUACCCCCCCAUCUCUCCCCCCCACCACCACCACCAUGCAUUCUGGAAACUGUGGUUAUUAUCCUGUCAUCUGCAGGGUGGGGAGGGGGUGCACAUGGUACUGCCUCAAAGCCCCAUUUCCUUCCUGUUCUUGCCUGCUCAGCGCUCCAUGUCACAGCGCUGCAUUUCUGAAAUCACAGAUACUGCUGAUUUAUGAAACAAAGGGGGAACGGGCUGAGUCAGAAUUCCUUUUGGGGGGGGGGGUAAUUGAACGAGGAAGAGAAUCUCGGCUGUAAAUUCUGCCCGCCCCUCCCCCCAGCAGUGAUCUUGCCCUCUCUCUGAAAAGCAAUGUCCUGUUUGUGGGCAUGGCACAUCUGCCUAGGAGCAGGAUCUCUCGAUCUGUUCAGAUCGUUGGUCUGUCGCGACCUUUUUGCACGCUGCUGCCGUGCCUCUCCCAAGCACAUGCGAUGCGUUUACAGUGCAUUCAUGCUGCUCCCAACACCACAGGUCUAUUUCUUAAGCCACAACGCUCCACAGCGCAGAGAUUUUAACAUUGCCGAGGUUGAAGCAGAUGGAAAGUCUUUUGCAGACAUUAUUUUUAGAGAGGUGGGGGAUGCCCAGGCAGGGAUCCGUUCAGGAGUUUUGACUGUGGCAGACUUCAACGGUGGUUGGGGUUUCAUUUCUCCCCCACCCCCAAAGUCCCUAAUCCUGCUUGGAGUUGAUCCAGUUUAAUUACAACUGUCCUUUUUUCUCCCCUUCCACCAUCCUUGGUUACGGUUUGAU